AUGGCUCUGGCUCCAUCCUCGUUGCUGCUCUUCCUAGUCUCGUCGUCGGUGUGGGUGGCCUUAUCCUUACCAUCGCCGGUGGCGGCAGCAGAUGGGCAAGCAGGAGGAGAGCAGUGCCCGCCCUUUUCAUGCGGCGACGUGACCAUCUCCUUCCCGUUUGGGCUCAUCCCGGAGGGCGCCGAGCAGACCAACUGCGGCGCCUGGAUUGGGUUCCAGGUUCGUUGCCAUAACAACAACAUCCCAUACCUCGGAUACUAUCAGAGCGAGUACCACAUGCAGAUCCUCGCCAUAUUCUACCACAACCGCUCCUUGCUCAUCGCCGAUAGACUAGCAUAUUUCAAUAGGUCUAGCCCCGAAGGGUGCCGCAUCCCGACAGCCAACACCUCGUCCCGUCUUGUUCGUCCGUUCUCGAUCAGCUCCGUCAAUCAGAACCUCAUCUUCUACAACUGCAACAAGCCGCCGCCGCCAGGCGCGGGGCUCGUGGAGACGGUAUGCCACAAGAACACGUUUGUUCGUGCCGCCGAUGGGCGUCCCGACGAGUCAGCAGGCAGCUACUUUUUGGAGGACUGCAACGCUACCAUGGUACCGGUGCUCGGGGUGUCCGGCAUGGUGAACGCAACCAACUACGAGCAACUCGUCAGGGAUGGCUUCCUAGCGACAUGGCAGUGGCCACCACCGCCGCCGCCGCCGACAGUGCUGGUCGUUUUAGCCGCACGACUUUCUUGGUCCCGUUGCAUCAUGCAGAUUGCGGCGUGGCGCUGGCGCGUUGGCGUCGCGUCAGUGCUCCCCACUGGAGCGAUCGAGCGUUAUCCUUCCUAUGGAGAUCUUGGUGCUUACUGA